CACAUAAUCACUGCAAAAGCAAAUGUCAACAUUUUCAGAAUAUGUGCAAUUAAUUAAUAAAGAAUUUUGUUUAUCUUGUUAAAAUCUAAUUUAAAAGAUAAAUAUGUCUGCGUUUUAUUUAAAAAACGAACAACGUGAACACCUAAAACUCGUUCGUGAAAAGUCCCCGGAAGAUGUUGUAGAACUAUGCAAAUCUGCCUUCGAAUAUCUAACAAACGGACCAAACAGCACCAAGUACGACUUGCUGGCCAAAAAACACUCAACUUCCCCGGAACAAGUACGUGCAUCAAUCGAAGCCCUAAUAUGCCUCCUUAUCGAUGCAACUAAAGCAAAUGUUACCGAUGAAGAUUUUGAAAAUCUAAGAAAAGAUGGAUUUUCUUCUGACCACGUAGCAAUUUUAAUGCAAUUUGUAACAAGCAAACGUCCGUUUGUCGAAAGUUCUAUUAAAUGGGCCAACAUCAAAUCAUAUCGUCUGAUAAAUUUAGAAUGGAGACUUGAAGUGAAAAUAUCAUCGAGGAGUUUAUUAAAUCAAACAACAGUAAUGGUAACAAUGAAAUUAAAUUUACACACUGAACCGAAAAGCGAGAAUCGUGAAUUGAUAAAUUUUGAAGACAACAAAAUAGUUCACGAGAAUGAGGCGAAGAAUCGAAAAGAUAUCAUUGUUCAAACGGAUAUUAAUAAUCUUUUGCAUAUUAUUGAUGUGCUUGAACAGGCGAUGCUGGAAUCGAAAAGUCGACGCAUCAGAAAUCUUGUUGAGGCAAUUCAUUAAAAUUGAAAUUUUAAAAUAUAUAAUUUAGUCAGUUCCAAUUUCUGAAGUUGAAUAGGAAAAGUUUCUCAUAACUUUGGAUACAGUUUUUCUGUUAUAUUCCGAAUAAAUUCUUUGUAAUCCCAGGAAUGUAAACUGGCUAAUAAUGCCCAUAGUUUUAAGCGUUGUUUAAAUAUAUAUAAAUAUAGGUACAAUUAUAUAUUAUAGAUUAAUAAUAAAAAUUAUUUAGUAGCGUAA